AUGGGACUGUUGAAUGGCAUACAAUUUGAUAAUGGGUUCCAUGGCUUUCGCGUUCAAAAUACAAACAGAAAGUCGCUCAUAAGACAAUGCCUAAUCGGUGCACAAUUCCUUCAUGGUACGAAGAGACUGGCCCUUUUCGUUUUGCGACAUUCCGCCUUUAUCACGUUCUUGGCUGUUCAAGAUGCGGUUGUACGGAGUGUGGGAAUUUGUUCCAUAAACAAAGAAAAUAAGGAUGAGGAUGACGACAAUGAUGAUGGAGGUGAGGACGGCGUUGAGUAG